AUGGAUUUUGGAGGUCAGUGGGAUCAGUUCUUUCCUUUGGUGGAGUUUGCGUACAUGAACAACUACCACUACAGUAUUCAGAUGGCCCAGUUUGAGGCCUUAUAUGGUAGGCGUUGUUUCUCUCCAGUUGGAUGGUUUGAGUCUACGGAUCCUAGGCCACACGGUACAAACUUGAUGCAUAAGACCUUAGAUCAUCGCCGGUAUAUUCCAGACGAGUCCCAUGUGCUUCGGUAUGAUGCGGUUGACUUGGAUGAUCGCUUGAGAUAUAUUGAGGAGCUAGUUGAUAUUUUGGCCAGAGACGUUAGGCAGUUGCAUUCCAGAGCCAUUCCAGUGUUUAAGCCGAUUGCUAUUUUAGCCAAAGAUGUUCGCCAGCUUCAUUCUAAGUCCAUCCUUGUGAUUAAGGUCCAGUGGCGCAAUCGUCCAAUCGAGGAGGCUACAUUGGAGACCGAGAAGGAGAUGCAAGAGUAG